GGUCUACAGUGCGUUAUUUUAACCACGCCCCCCUUUCCGGGUUCAUUCAUGCUCCCUUGAGCCGCUAUCGCAGUGCCUGCUGCUCUCUUCCAGGUCUGUCAGCCUUUUACUUCAGCGUGUGAGCUUCAGCUUAGAGCCGGCCAUGCCUGGGAUUCUGCUAGGAGAAGUGUUCCCAAACUUUGAGGCGGAUACGACCUCCGGAAGGAUUAAAUUUCACGAUUUUCUGGGCGACUCGUGGGGCAUCUUGUUUUCCCACCCGGCGGAUUACACUCCCGUCUGCACCACUGAGCUCUCGCGCGCCGCCAAGCUCACCGAUGAGUUCAAGAAGCGCGGGGUGAAGAUGAUCGCCCUGUCCAUCGACAGCAUUGAGGAUCACAAGAAAUGGAGCAAGGAUGUGAUGGCGUAUGGCAACGACGCCGGCACCCCUCUGCCUUUCCCCAUCAUCGCCGAUGACAAGCGAGAACUGUCGGUCCAGCUGGGCAUGCUGGACCCCGACGAAAGGAACAAGGAUGGACUACCCCUGACUGCUCGCUGCGUGUUUGUGAUCGGCCCGGACAAGAAGCUGAAGCUGUCCAUCCUCUACCCUGCCACCACCGGGAGGAACUUUGACGAGAUCCUCAGAGCCAUCGACUCUCUGCAGCUGACGGCGCAGAAGAAGGUGGCCACGCCCGUCGACUGGAAGCCUGGUGAGAAAGUCAUGGUCAUUCCUUCACUUCCCGAUUCCGAAGCUUCCGCUCUCUUCCCCAACGGAGUAACAACCAAAGAGAUGCCUUCUGGGAAAAAAUACCUGCGCUACACUCAGAUCUGAAGACCAAGAAAUGCAAACCAAAUUAAAAAAUAUACAUCGCUGCUUCAUGCAAAGCUUUUUCAUGCAUAUCUGUUACUCAUUUCUUCAUGUAGACAUUUAGAGGUUAUGCUAUGACCAACCACUAGAUGUCCUCCUCCAACUUUCAAACAUAAAGCUUUUAUUCUGUCGCGGAAGAGCUGUCCUCUGCCAGUAGAUGGCGCUAAGCGUACACGCUACCUCCCACAUGGAAUAGAAACAUCCUAUUGUUGGAGUGAAAGAAGCUGU